CUCCAGAACUAAGUAAGCACAAGCGUACAAAUAAAUCUAUUCUUCUCUUUCUCUCCUCUUUAUUCUUUCUCCCUUCCUUUCUCUCUCUUUCUGUGUCUAUUCUAAAGUUUCCUCCUUUCUUCUGUAUGUUUAUGGUUUUAUUCUUUGGGCAAUUCUUCUUUCUCUGGGUUUUGCAGCUCUCAGUUUGCUUAUUCUUGCCGAGAAAUUAACCUUGCCUGUUGUCUGAAUCGACCACUUCUAAAAGGGUGCAUCUAUAAUCUCUUGUACCUGAAUCUUGCACAUUUGGACUGUGAUUUGGUCCAAUAUUGGUGUUCUGCUGAAAGAAAUACAUGUUACUGACGAAUUUGAUGGAAGAAAAGCAACUGGAUUUUAAUCAGCCAUUUCUAUCUGUGAGGCGGUUCUCAUCAAUAGUGACCACCUCAGAAGCUGAAGUUAAAAGAAAAACAGUUAAUUCAGUUCCCAAAAUACCUCCUCUUCCUGCUUACAAAUCAGAGUUGAAAUCAGGUCCAAUCAGGAACCCAGGAACUGUUCCUUUCGUGUGGGAGCAAACGCCAGGAAGGCCCAAGAAUGAAAGCAAAUCACAAACUCGAGCUCUUGAGCGACCUCCCAUUGCCCCAAAGCUUCCACCUGGAAGGAUUUUGAAUGUUAAAAAGCAGCCUUUGGACAAAGCUCCUGAAGGUACAAACAGUAAAUGUUACCAGACAGGAAUUGUUCGAACCACUUCUAAAAGUGUUCCACUUGCUGACAAGAAUGCAAUUAAACGUGAGAGUUCCAAAGAGGGGAUGGAAGAGACAGAAAGCUCUACCACAGAGGAUGGUGAUGAGGCUUUUGUGGAUGCACUUGAUACACUUUCCCGCACUGAAUCAUUCUUCUUGAACUGUAGUGUAAGUGGUGUGAGCGGGUUGGAUGAUGCAGAAGUGAAACCUACAGGAACAUUCUCAACCGAUCCGCAGACUCGGGAUUUCAUGAUGGGUCGAUUUUUGCCUGCAGCAAAGGCAAUUGCUUCAGAAGCACCACAUUAUACUACUAGAAAGAAACCUAUUGUGUGUGAGCAACCAAGACAGAUAAAGAAGAUUGUUGAUAUCAGUAAGCGACAGCCUCCUAAACAAUACAGUUCAAACAAUUUACAUUUUCACGCUCAAGAUGAGAGGUGGGAAGAAAGUGAUGAUGAAGAUGAUUAUGAUGUACCUGAAAGCUCAUCAGCUUCAGUUUGUGGGUUACUUCCUCGAUUUUGCUUGAAAAGUUCGUUUUGCCUUAUGAAUCCAGUGCCUGGGAUGAGGCUGCAAGAGCGGGAACCAAUUUCUUUGGGCUAUCACAGAGCACAGGCUAGUUCUUGCAGUGGGACUGAGCAUGAGAAGGUAAGAGUGGCGGUAUAUGAGCAGAGUUCCUCAGUUGGAUCUCUAAGAGCAAAGACACAAGAAAAUAAACUUGACCUGAAAUAUAAAGCCAGCCAAGUAGCUUCUGGAGGUGAAGGUCACAAAUUAGAUGGAUCAUCUCUGUACAGGCGUUUGCAGGGUAAUGUGGUACCACCUAACCAAAAUGCAAAUUGCCAGUCUCCCGUCAGUAAUGAAAUAAGGUUUCUUGAGAUUCCUGAAAAUGCUAAGAACCUGAAGCUGAAUGAUUCUGAUCCACAGAGAAAAGGCAUCAAGAAUUUCCGGGAACUAUUGGCCAAUGAGAGCACUAAUUUGGAAUCAGGCUUAACAAGUCCCGUUGAGAAAACUUUGUACAUAGAUUCUGUACAUAAGGUGAAAUCUCUGAGUUCAAAUUGCAGUUCUUCAGACUCAAAGAGGCUAAGUGAUGGCAGAGGAGAUGAAUUAAAUGUUCUUGUAAAAAGUAUGGGAAUGGAAGAAGCAGCUUCUAUACAUUCAUCACUUCAUGAUGUCAAGCAGUUGAAUGUUGUGGCAAUGUUGGAACCUAAAAUUAUGGAGUUUAUUCAUUCCAAAAAUCUAUCUUCUCCUGACACAGCUGCCCAGGGUGUGCAGAUUGAUGUAAAAAAUAGUUCCACAGAGGAUCAAGUUCUCACUAACAAUUUAAUUAAACAGACAAGCACAAAAGUGGCUGGCAGUGAGAAGUUUGAUCUAGCUUUACAAAGUGAACUGCAAGGGAAAUUGAACAAUCAAGAUUUUCGUGGUGUCGUCCAGGAUUCUAUUUCAUCAACUAGAUCAAAAAUGGGUGAUGAUGGAAAAAUUGACACUCAAAGCCAACCAUUAAGUAGCGCGGAAGGAUCUCAUGGCCUAUAUUUACAACUUCCUCUUCCCCUGCCUCCACCAAAAUCUCCGUCAGACUCUUGGCUGAAGCGGACUUUGCCUACUGUUUCCGUGGGGAAAUCAUCCACUUGGUCUUCUCUUGGUACACUUAACUGUACUGGAGUUCAGGGUUCCAAGUCUCCCUCUGUUGAUCCCAAGUGGGAAACCAUCGUCAAAACCUCUAAUGUACAGCAUGGACACUUGCGUUUCUCUGAGGAACUACUUACUCCUAUACCAGAAGAAGCAAUUUUGGGGGACUUUUUUCUGCUUUGCGCGGUGGUUGCAUCAGUUUCAAUGAUAUCGAUGGUCGUAUUCGCUUGUGGUGACAGCACCUCGGGGAACCGUCGUAGUGGAGGUGGAGGAGGAGGAGGAGGAGGAUGCGGAGUAGGAGGAUGUGGAGGCGGAGGUGGUGGUGGCUGUUGA